AUGACUGACGCAUCGUUUCCCCCUUCCGGUGGAGCUCCACGAGCAGCUGCUCUCACUACCUCAACCAUCCCGACUAGUACUACUACUGCCUCCUCCACUGCCGCUGCUACCACCUCCUCCACUCCCUCGACUUACAACUACUACUCCAACGUCCCCAGCAUCUCCUCCAUCCCCCGCCGGUCUUCUUACGCUUCAGUGCUGUCGGGGACCGCCGCUCUCUCCCCUCCCACAUUCAGCAAUCAUCCUUUCUCGCCCUUCUCCCCCUCCCACUCCACCUCCACCGCCUCGUAUCCCCCGCCGCCGCCUUUCUCUCCCGAAGCCCGCCUGCUGAGGCCAUCCGCCGCCGUGGAUGCCGAGAUGCAAAUGAAUUCCUCAUGGAGGUCGUCCCCCGGCGAUUCGCUUCCUCCUUACUCUCGGAAGUUUGCCAACCUCGCCCGCUUUGACCCGUGCUAUCACAACCCGGGAGCUUUCGCCGACUCGGCCGCACCCUCCUUCACACCCUCAUAUCUCCUCAACUCCCGCUAUGUCUCCCGCCUCGAUGCCGCCCGUCGGGCAAAGCAUGCAGCCCAGCGCGAUGGCGCCAUUCCCUCCACCACCUCGAACACCCUCUCCACUUCCUCCAGCCAGGCCAGCUUGCCCCGGAUUGCACCCUCUCAUCGGGGCAUGACCUAUGAUAUCAUCGAAAGAGAACCCCCCAGCGACGACGACCAUUUGCUACCCCUCCCCUCCCGAUGGAGCGACGACGAUAAAUUCACCGGCCUGGAGCUUGGGAACGGAGGGUUGGAAGUCCGAUACACCGGUCCGGUCAACAAGCAUGAACAUGAGGCUGCUGCCGUUCGGGCAGAUAAUCCCAUGCCCCCGCAGUGCGGGAUCUACUACUUUGAGAUCACCAUCUUAUCCAAACCCAAAGAGGGAAUGAUCGGAAUCGGAUUCUCGAGCCGGAAAGCCUCGGUAGAACGACUGCCCGGAUGGGAACAGGAAUCAUGGGCUUACCAUGGCGAUGAUGGGAAGUCCUUCUUCGGAGAAAGUCAGGGGCAGGGACGACAAUACGGUCCGACGUUUGGAGCUAAUGACACUGUGGGAUGUGGUGUGAAUUUCUCCACGGGAUGUGCUUUCUUCACGAAGAAUGGCGUGUUCUUAGGAAAUGCAUUCCGGGAAUUACGAAACCUAAAGGUCUACCCGUCGGUGGGCAUGAAGAAGCAACCGCCCGUCCACUUGGUGGUGAACUUUGGGCAGCAGCCCUUCAUGUUCGAUAUCGAUGACAUGGUCAAGAAAGAAAAGUCGUUGAUCCAUUCGGAGAUUGCUCUGACCAGCACGGCGAAUCUGCAACCCCCGUUGGAUGAAUCGGGCCUACUGCAGGAGUUGGUGGCGCAGUUUCUUGCUCAUGACGGCUAUGUCGAGACCGCCCGCGCGUUUGCCGAAGAAGUGGCGGCGGAGUCCACGGCGUUGGAGAACGGUCGACAGGCACCGUUGAAGAAAUACGAGGUGGAGGAAGAUGUUGAAGCUAUUAAUCGGCAGAAGAUCCGCGCGGCUAUCCUGGAAGGUGACAUCGACAAAGCACUCAAAUACACUAAUGCCUACUACGCGAAUGUAUUGCAGACCUACCCGCAGAUCCACUUCAAGCUACGAUGCCGCAAAUUCCUGGAGAUGAUGCGUCGAUGCAACGAGCCAUCACCGUCGCCGUCGAAGCGCGGCAAGUCGUCGAACGGGCUGUCGGACAGCAGCGCGGUGUUUGACCAGGAGAUGGAGUUGGACGAGCAGCUUCAGGAAGGCGAUGGCUACGAGGCGGACGGCAUGGACAUGGAGGAGACGGAGAGCACAGCGCGAUCGAACGAGCUUCUCACGGAGGCGGUGCAGUACGGGCAGCAGUUGUUCCUGGACUAUCCGCCGGAGGAGCGGGGCGGGGACCGGAAGAUGCUGGACGACAUCUUUUCCUUGGUGGCCUACCCGGACGCGCGACGGUCAGUGCAUGGCCACUACCUGGACCCUGCGGGGCGAAUUGCGGUGGCGGAAGAGUUGAACUCGGCCAUUCUCGUGUCACUGGGUAAAUCCUCGUCGGCCGCGCUGGAGCGACUCUACCAACAAACCGAAGUGCUGGUGAACGAGAUUAGCGAGGAGGGCGGCGCCGGGGCGUUUAUUAAUCGAACUAUGCAAAUGCACACCGGUCCACUCUCUGGGCUUUCUGAUGAUGAUGAAGACGAGGCUGAUGCUGAUGGUGAUGAAACGAGCCAGGAGAGGAUGGCAAUUGGGCGACCGGAUGGAGCAGUGGAUGGAGACCGGACCAGCUGGCACGGGAUGCUGCAUCCAUCAGGCACCGACCAGCCUCCCUGGUUUGCCUUGCUUGCUUUGCUUGCUGCGUAUCAUUUUCAUCGGGAGUGGAGUCUCUUCCGGAUCAGAUCGGGGAGGGAACAAACAGUUGUCAGUGCAUUAUUCAGGAAUGAGAGUUUAUUUUUAUCUUCAGUUGCCGCCUUGAUUACAUCUUUUUGUGUUUCGUUCGACAUCAUCGACUGGGCGAUUGCAUGCAUUAUUUACGCUUUACUUAUUCUCCCAUUGAAACUCAUUCCAUCCAUCAAUUCAAUCCGCCAGUCGUGCAUGUCGCCCAUUGGACCUGCAGGAUUCGGUCGCUGCAUUCUUCCUAGGCCCGACAAGGGCCCCUUCUACCUCGGAUUCUUUUCCUCCUUUCCCCCCUAA